GUAUCCCAGCGUGUUCUUCCUGUGAACGAUUCAUACUUUCAAACUGGGCUAUUGACUCUGGGUAGGGCUUGCGAGCACUUGUAAGAUGGCGGCUCGGUGGGGAGCAGGCGAGGAACUAUUAACAGCCUGCAAUUUGGAUUAUUUCGCUACUGAUACACUACACGAGGAUGUGGAUCUGGACACUGGCGAAACCUUGGAGGCCUUUGAAGGAUGUUUAGGCCCGUCAAUCCUUUCCAUGUUCGAAGAUGUUCCAACAGGAGAGGUGAAGGGCCUUGACGAUGAGAGCGAGGCGACGCUGCUGACCGCCCUGACAGAGAUCCUGGAUAAUGUGGACGACGAGACCCUCUCUCCGUUCGACAUGCUCCCAGACUCUGACCUGCUGUCGGGUCAAAGGGCCAGGGAGCACUCUCCGCUGCGGAGACUGCUGUGUCUGUCCCGUUCCCCUCCCGAGAAGGACACAAUCUGCAACAUGAGAACACUGUCAUCUGGCAAGAGCCUGCCCAGGCCCCCAGCCGGCUCGGUCCAGAGGAGUGACGGCGAGGAGGAGGACGACGGCUCCCUCUCACAGAGUCCCACCAGGCUGCUCUCCUCUCCGGACCAGGAGCUGCUGGACUGGGGCGGCCUGUCCCUCCCACUGCCCUUCUCCAUUGAGUCGGAGGACGACACGGAGGGGCUCUCUGUGAGCCUGGGAGACCUGGUCAGGCACAUGCACCCCUACUGCAUGGCCGUCUGUGUGGACAACGGAGAGGGGGAGCAGAUGCUGCCCGAAGGAGGGAUCCUACUGGAAGUGGUGGACCAGGGGGAGCACGGGGAGCCCAUCCUGGCCAUCCCAGACCUGGGUCUGCCUCUGGCGCUGCUGCAGAACACUUUAGAGAUGGAGCAACACGUUCCAGACGAAUCCGACCGGGCUGCUACCGAAAGCUGUGAGGAGAUUGUUGUUGACGACACGACCACCACCGGCGCGGAAAUGAAAGCUGAGAUCAUUGCCGCGUCGGUCCUGCACAGAGAGAAAGCCAAUUGUGAGCGGAAUAAGAAACACAAAGCGCCCAGGAUAAAGGAGAUCAGAGAGAAAAGCCCACCCAGGAGGAAAAGGGACCGUAAGGUACGAACUCUGCCUGAGCCGGUUGAAGGAAGGAUACUCCGCAGCGGCGUUUCAAGGAACGCAGCUGACGAGUUGCAACAAAAACUAAAAAAAACAAUAAAAGUAAAGAAAAGUGUGCCACUUGUUACCGAUGUCUCCGAUUCAACCUGCACCUCUUCCAAACAUAAGAAGAGCCUCAACGCAUGCCAGACACGCACAGAAGUCACCAAAUUGUCACUGCCCCGGGAGAAUCGAGUUAAUACAAAAGCAGUGACUGCCCGAAACUCAGUCCCAGUCAGAAGCCCCCCGAGCCGUCCCACCCCCACGGUCUCCCUCCUUCCACCCAGUGGGGGGCCCCGGCCCGCGGCGUCCCCUACCAAACAGGAAGUCUUAUCUCCAGCUGUCACCGCAGCGCAUCCCCUCCCCGGUGUUGUUCCUGUGUCAACGGAUAGCUGCUCCUCUGCUGAUGCUCCCACCACGCCUGAAGCAUUACAAACCAACGGCACUGCAGAUCAGCCUGCUGCCCCUGAAGGCAACCACGUCCCCGCUGCUGCUCCAGAGCCUAAACCCAAGUCCCUGAGCCUGGCCGAGUACCGCCGGCUCCGGCAGCAGAAGAAGCCCGCUCCCAUCGAGAAGCAGGAGGGCAACAGCACCAGGUGGCCCAGCCUCCAGGAACCCCCCAAAGAGCUGCCUCCCAUCCCCUGCCUGCCCGACCCGAGCCCCCAGGAGACCCGCCGCCCGGCCCCCGCCUCGGGGAAGAAGGAGGUGGAGGAGGUGAAGCCUGCGUGGCAGCCCACGGGGCCCGGCGCGCCCCCCACACCCGAGGCGCUGCUCGCCCCGCCCGCCUACAUGGUGGCGUCCUCCACCAAGGCCGGGGCCGCCACCCUGAUCUUCAAACGGCAACAACAAUCGGUACCUCACCCCCCACAGCACAGCGCUGCUACCGCCGGCUCCAGUCCUGUGAAGAGCUCCUCUCCGGGGCCGCAGCCCAACGCAUCACCUGAGAAGCCUUGUGUGCCUCGGAACUCUGUCCCUACCCCAACGCCUUGCUCCAAACCCUCAGAGAGCAAGCCUGCAAGGCCCCCAUCUCAGUCUGUAACUCCUAGCAGCUUGGUUGGCAGUGCAAUGCCCGCCAAGGCCACUUCAGAGUCCCUUAGGACGAUCGCUGCUCCCAUGUCUGCCAAUAUUGCCGCCAAAGCAAAUGCACAAGUGGGGCCUAAGACGCCCGCUGCUACCUCAGUGAGUGACCCAGUCGCGGCUGCUAGUAAGUUUGCCAAUUCUGCAGGUGUCCGUGACCAGCCUUGUUUAGCGGUCCAAGCUUCUAAUCCAUCCCAGGAUAUGAAGGCACUCCCUGUCAAGGCUGGAGCACAACAGUACGGCCCAACGUCGGUCCCACCGAUGAAAAAAAAGACUGCAUCACAAGCACUAAUCGAGGCCUUCACUAGUGAGAUUGGCAUUGAAGCUGCAGAUUUAACCAGUCUGUUGGAGCAGUUUGAAGAAACGCAAGCCAAAGAGAAGCGGUGUGUGCCGGAGGUCUCUGGUAGAGCAGUAACUGUAGGAAACUCUAGUGUUGUGUUACCAGCAGAGAAAACUGCUGUCGAACGUGUGAAGGCAAACGACCUCUCGAGCUCCGCAGCACUGACUCCUCCGGCUACCCCCCCCCAGCAGAGGUGGAAGCCUCUGGCCCCCGUCUCCCUUCUUGGCAAAAGCAGGGCCUCCCGGCCCGCCCCCACCAAGGUGAUCCGGAUAGAGGCUCAGCCUCUUCCCUCAGUGAAGGGCCGCAGUACCCCCGCCACCCUCGCCCCCCCCGCCCCUGAAUGGGCCCUGAUGGACCACGACUACUGCCUCCCCAGCAGCACGGCGCCCCCUGGUGACCACGGCCAGCGCUGGAACGUCAAGCAGCAGCCUAACAUCACCAUCAGAGCCGUGACACAACUCCAGGCAGCCACUACAGGGCCCCCGGCCCCCGCCCCCUGCCCUCCCCAUACCACUACACCCGCUCCGGCGACGGGACCCCGAGAGGCCCCGCUGAAGAAGGCCCCCCCGCCGCCCGCCGACCCGGCCCUGAGCUGCUCGGCCCUGGAGACCCCCGACGCCUCCCCCGCCCGGCCCGAGAGCCCCAGGCCUGAGUGCACGGGGCGGUCCCACCGCAGACGCUCCGAGUCUCGCUCGCCCGGUCCCCGCACCUUCCCCAAAGAGAGGAAAAGGGGCCGGUCCAGCAAACGACUGGCACCGCGGCCCGCCUGCUCCUCCGAGUCCGACUGCAACUCCUCCAGGUCCAGGUCUCGAUCCCCGCCCGCCAAAAAAUAUCGUGCUCGUCACUCCGAGAGCAGCUCCAGCUCCUCGUCGUGUUCCUCGCGGUCCUCCUCUCGCUCCCCUCCGAGGAGGAGGAGGUACUCCUACUCCUCAUCGCGAUCUGGCUCCUGGAGCAGGUCCCGCUCUCGUUCCCGGUCUCCACAGAGAAGCGCUGAGUGGCAACGAAAUGUUUACAGUCCUUCUUACAGGCCAACCUACCGACACACGUCAGUGGAGAGUUCUGAGGACGUGAAGAGGCGUAAACAACAAGCCAUUGAUGAGCGCAGGGUGGUCUACGUGGGUCGAAUCCGGGGCACGAUGACCCAAAAUGAACUGAGGGAGCGGUUCUCUAUAUACGGAGAGAUUGAGGACUGCACCUUGCACUUUAGGGAACAGGGAGACAACUAUGGGUUUGUGACUUAUUAUGACACAAAGAAUGCCUUCACGGCCAUAGAGAAUGGAGGCAAGCUCCGCAAGCCUGACGAACUGCCAUUUGAUCUCUGUUUUGGUGGAAGGAGACAGUUCUGCAAGACCAGCUAUGCAGACUUGGAUUCAAAUAAAGAGUAUGACUCCUUGCCUUCUAAGGGCAAGUUCCAUGCACUAGACUUUGACACUUUAUUGAAGCAGGCCAAGAAAACCCAGAAGAGGUAACAGUCAACCAGAGGAAACCUACUACUUACCUCAGAGCUGUUGGUUGGCUCAGACACUUCCAACGGUGCCUUCAUUUAUUUGUUUUAGUUUUUAUUCUAUUUUGUUUGUUUCAACUCUGCAAGCUAACACCUUCUAUUGAAGUGAAGAUUUGUAUGAAAAGAGAAAAAUUAUUAAAAAAAAAUGACAAAUAGAUUUUUUUUAAGUUUAUUUAAUUGUAUUGAGAUGUGUGAAAGACAUUUUAAAUGAGGGAAACUAGUUGAAUGCAUUCCCUCAUGAUUGGGAAAGGAAGAAAUACAUUGGAAAUGUACUGCAAACCUAAUAAAAAAACUUGAAACAACGUAAGUUGCAUUUGUUUUGAACAUGUACACAAUAUAAGAUUUCAACAUUUGGGACCAACUCCACAGCCUUAGCAUUUUGGUAUUACUAUAUCAUGGACAGGGUCACCAUUUGUAAUGGUAAGCUUGCAUGUUAAUCAAAAGCUGUUCUCACGAAGAUCUAAUUUAAUAGUUCUGUAAAGAAAAAUUGGGUUUGGUGCCUCCCAGUGUUUAGUUUAAGAAUCGUUGGCAUUUCUUUUUUUGUCAAUUCAACGUAUUUAAGAAGUUAUAAAAAGUCCAACGAGUGCUUAAAACGUUAAGAUAAGGCUGUCAUGAUCUGUUGGUAUUAGUGAUGCUCUCGUACGUUGUAAAAUAUUAAGCACCUGUAAACUACACAAAAAAAUUUUUUUGGGUUGUUAGUUGACAGUUCAUUUUUAUUUAUUUUGAUCAGUGAUGCGAAACGAUUUUCCAGUUCAACAUCUCGCGAUAGUACUGUCCAUGUUGUG